AUGCGCAGACGCCACCUUGCGGGGCUCAGUCCGAUCGCAGAAGUGAUCCCGAGGUGUUCGUUGAUAGUCGCGUUUGCCCGGUUUUCACGGAUAAAUUUCAUCUCGUCGUCGCCUCAGGCCUCGUCGUCUAUCUCUCCGUUGUUGCUGCUCCGUGAAACAGAAGCAAUGCCGAUGACGCGGCACUGAGGUCGUUGAGAGGUGACUGGAAAACCUACUCGCGGCUCCGCGGACUCACCAUCGAGGUAUCCAGCCGGGUCACACACGAGGAUCAUGAAAAUGGUGCUGUCUCAACGUCAGAGGGAGGAGCUAAAUAAGGCGAUUGCGGAUUAUCUUAGCACUAAUGGCUACCAAGAUGCAUUGGAGGCAUUUAAAAAGGAAGCCGACAUGCCAGGAGAAGUGGAGAGGAAGUACGGCGGCCUUUUGGAGAAAAAGUGGACCUCGGUCAUACGAUUACAGAAGAAGGUAAUGGAAUUGGAAUCUAAACUUUCUGAAGCCGAGAAAGAAUUCAUAGAAGGCGCACCAACGCGUGGUAAGAGAUCGCCGUCCGAAUGGAUACCGAGGCCACCGGAAAAGUUCAGUCUGACUGGACACAGAGCCCCCAUCAAUAGAGUUGUUUUUCAUCCUGUUUUUAGUCUCGUAGUAUCCGCCAGCGAAGACGCCACUAUUAAAGUAUGGGACUUUGAGAGCGGCGAUUUCGAGAGGACGCUAAAAGGCCACACGGACAGUGUACAGGACAUCGCGUUCGACGCCUCAGGCAAACUGCUCGCCUCCUGUAGCGCAGACAUGUCCAUCAAGCUGUGGGACUUCCACCAAUCGUUCGCCUGCGUCAAGACCAUGCACGGCCACGAUCAUAACGUCAACUCGGUCUCGUUUAUGCCACAGGGUGAUUUUGUAGUGAGCGCUUCUAGGGAUAAAACUAUCAAGAUCUGGGAAGUGGCGACGGGCUAUUGCGUAAAGACGCUCACUGGGCACAGAGAGUGGGUGAGAAUGGCGCGAGUUAGUCCGUGCGGCGAACUCAUUGCCAGCUGCUCAAACGAUCAGACUGUACGAGUAUGGCACGUAGCGACGAAGGAGACAAAGGUCGAAUUCAGAGAACACGAACAUGUGGUCGAGUGCAUCGCAUGGGCGCCGGAGAGCGCGAGAGCAUCGAUCAACGCGGCGGCCGGAGCGGACAACAAAGGCGCGCACGAGGGGCCUUUCCUCGCGUCUGGCUCUCGGGAUAAGACGAUUCGCGUGUGGGACAUCGCUGCCGGGGUGUGCCUCUUCACUCUCAUUGGACACGACAACUGGGUGCGAUGCAUCGUCUUCCAUCCUGGCGGCAAAUUUAUCGUCAGCGCGUCCGACGACAAAACGCUGCGAGUCUGGGAUACGCGCAAUAAACGAGUGAUGAAGACCCUCGAAGCACACGUUCACUUCUGCACUUCUGUCGAUUUUCACAAGAAUCAUCCUUAUGUGGUCACCGGGAGCGUCGAUCAAACGGUGAAAAUCUGGGAGUGCCGCUAGUCACCGAAUUUUAGAUUUUCCAUCAAACAUCGCGAACGGAAGAGAAGGGGAGUAUGAAAAUGAGAGAAAAGACGAAUGCGCGUCCAUUUUAAUGGAAUCGGCCGAAAGAGUAAGCUGCUACAAAAGCUAUCGUACAUAUGCUAUUAAUAUUAAUAUUAUUAUUAUUAUACAUAAACUACACACAUAAACACGUAUGAUUAAGAACUCUUUAAUUAAUUUAUAAUAAAGUAUAAUUAGUAAUUAUAUUACAAUACAUCGUUUUACGGCAAUGAACUGCACUAUUCGAGGAGAGUGAACCGAAAGACGGUCAUAAGGUUCAAAUGAUCAAGAGGACGCUCCCACGAGUUCGCAUUACGGAUUAUAUAUGGACGCGGAACGGGUAGAAAGAGGGAAAUGGGAACGGGGGGGAGGAGGUAUUAAUGCCAUAUACAAUUACAAGAGUUAUAUUCCUUUAGACUACAGUUGUGCAAUUGUGGUAGGCAUUAUUUUGUACAUAAUACGUGCCCUUACGCAGCGCGAUAUUUGAUGUCAAUGACGAGUAUAACUCCUUCUUUGAUUUUCUCUUAUUCCUCUCUUCGCAAUCCUGCUUAUACAAUAUAUUUGUUAAAAUAUUACCAACCGAUCAUACAUACAUAAAGAGAGAAGCAGAGAAAAGAAAAAUAGUCCUCCUCGAUUAUGAUUUUGUAUCAAGAGAAAUCGCGUCGAAUCUCUUUAGUCCUCUACCGAUGGUAGCGAAAAUUUCGGCUGUGGCGUCCACUUUCGCGCAAACUACGUACACGACGGUAACUGAAUUCGUUAUCAUUUAUAUUCGCGCGCUCUCCUCGAGAGUUUUCUUAAGAAGAAUAAAGAACGAAAGAGAUGCUCCUUUACUCAUAUAUAUAAAUAUAUAUAUAUAUGUAUGUAUGUAUAUAUAUGUUUAUAUAUGUUUAUAUAUGUAUGUAUGUAUGUAUGUAUACAGGGCCUCCUGUAUAGACCAUAACAACAGUACUACUUAAGAGUAAAUUUUUGAAAUUAUUUUAAGAUGAUUUUUCCUCAGCAAAAAUAUUGAGGUAUCAAUAAUUUACAUAUAAAUGAUUAAAAAAAAAUUUUUUACAAACUAAACUUUAUAGAAAGUUAAAACUAUAUUCUUUAGUUAACUUCAGGUAGAAUAUACUUUAAUAGCGGGAUAGAAUUUUAAUUUAAGGCUUUUAUUUAAAUUUAAGGUUGUUACGGUUUUUACGGGACGCUCUAUAUACAUAAUAUUAUAUAUACGAAUAUAUAAACAUAUACGCAUAUGUAGACGCGCAUUGCUUUGUACCAUACAAAGUACCGAGCGUCAAAUGUCUCAUUUAAUAUCGACUCGCGCGUGUAUUUGGAUCAAUAUUGAGUUAUUGUAUAUCAUUCAUCUGCCGCAUUGAUAAAAACUUAUUUACGGGACACGUAACGCGCGUAACAUCGCAAACGAUAUACACGAGUAAGAUGACAAUGGUAUUUAUAAAAAAAAAGUAUGCCAAAACUCUGUCUCUCAAUCGGAUAAAUAAAUAUAUUAUUACAUGUCUAUAUGUAUAAAACGGAUUUUUUUUCGCCGAAAUGCGUGUCCCUACAAUGUGAAUUCCAUUAUACUAUAUACAAUGUAUUACAUACAUUUAUGUAUAAUCGAAUCUUAUAGAGUCAAAAAAUAUCAAAUCGAUUGAAGGCUUGCAAACAUAUAUAUAAGCAAUGUUUAAUAUUUAUUUCUUUUCUCAAAUAAAAUACACACUUGUAGAGAAUCGAGUGAUUCUUAUCUAACGAGAUUUGAAGAAUAAUCGACAUGAGAAAUGGCGACAAUGAAAAAUAGACUCGUAUACUUGACGUCCAAAUUCAUUGUAUAUUAUUAAUAAUAUUACAAAAGAUGCACAGAUGAAUCUAGAGAAUCCAACAAUUAAAAUUUAAAAAUGUUCAAGUAAAAUAGAGAGAAGAGAUGGAAAAAGAUUUAAUAUAACACAUAAUGCAUAUAAAAGUUUGGCAGCAUAUAGUUUAUUGCGUGGAUCCCAAGAAAGAGGUGUGUAUUGAUACUAGUUGUAUCUUUUAGUUUUAACUACUAUUAGUGAUAGCACGCAGAAUUUAGCGAUAGAAGGAAAAUAAGAGAAUAAACUUCAGAGAAAUACAAAGUUAACAGUUCAUCACAUAUAGAUACGCACGCAUACGAUAAAGCGUCCAAUUUUCGGGUAUUCGAUAAAAAAAAAAUAAUCACACACGUAUAUGAAACGUGUAAAUCAUUAAUCGAUAAUCGCUUAAUUAAGAUUAAUUUUUCAAAUAUUUAAUUAUUGUCUGCUAUCUUUUAUUACUGUUUCUCCCAUGUUCAGCCUUCAGAGCCGAAUAUAAGAAAAAUACAAACCCCUGAGAAGAAAUACCUCCUCAAUUAAUGUGGUACUAAAUUAUUUUGAUGAAUAAUAAAAAAAAUUGUCACUAUAAGUCGUGUGAGAUCGUUAUAUGCUAUCAUCACCCAUGAUUCGUAUAUUGGUUUUUAGAACUGACAUUUCUUUUUCUACAUUUGCAGAUUUCUCGUAUUAAUCUGCGUGUAUUAAAUGAAUGCAUAAUAUUUCUGUUAAUUUUCGAUUAGAAUUUCUGUAGUUCUCAUCGAGUAGUAGACUUAAGAAUUUUCCCAACUCUGCAAUAUAUAUAUUAAUCUACACGCAUGACAGUAUUUUAUAUAGUACAAUAGGUCAAGAAUUAGAGCAAUGUAGUAUUACUGUAAGUUAAACGCAUACCAAACAUCUAUUGUGCGUGUUUAUACGUAGAAAUGAUGUAAUUUAAAAAAUUAUGUAUAGCUGUCGCGCCUUUCACAAGAUUCACGAUAGCUUCUGUGACUUGCUUUCUACCUGCUUGGGAGAUGAUGAUACCAACAAGUAGAUUUACAAUAAAGUACCCUUCGUCAUUUGUGAUAUA